UGAAGGUGAAAUUCCUCCCCAUUUUUACUCGAUAUGAUACUUAAGCAGCUGAACAGUCUAGGGUCUCUGUUCUGUUAAACUUUGUGUCCUGAAUGGUCCAUCUUUAGCCUGGAAGACACAACGUCCAUCAUUCACAAUUUGAAAUGUGAACUCCUCACAUCACAGCACGUUUGCCCACUUUGCGUCAGACCAUCUCAAAUGAGCUCCGCGGCCCGAAGAAGUUUCUUAGAGUUUAAUCGAUGGUUCGUUUAAUCGUGGUUAAUCGAUGACAGUAGCAAAGUCCUAGUUUGAAAGUUCUAAUCGUAAAAUAAAUAUAGUGGAGUUAAACGUUCAAUAUUCCCCGUCUGUGAUGAUGUGGAGUGUCAGCACUGAAUGGAAAAAAAAAUACUCAAGUAAAGUGCAAGUACCUCAAAUCUGUAGCGUAAUUCAGAAGCCUAAUUCCUCUGCAGAAAGAUCUUCUCUAUAAGAGAGGAUCUAUCCUCGUGUUCUUGUAAGUUCCUGGUAACAUUUCAAGUUUUAAUUUUGGCACAUCCCUCAUCAGGAGCAACGCAUCUUUCUAACCUUUAAUCCUUUUGCGCUAGUGGCGUAUUAAUAGCCGAGAACCUGCAAAAACAACAGCAACACGCGACGCAUCUUGCGCAGGAGCUGCUGAGAAUACAGCUCAUCAUCCUCAGAAAUAAAGAAGGGAGCCAGUGCACAUGCGCGCUCCACUGCAGAGGACGUUGUUAUCCUCCUUUUCCACCCUCAUUCCUGUAAACAUUUAAGCGGAGGUGCACUUAUUUUCCACACACAUCCUGCAGGAGAAGAUGUCCUCCUCUGUCUUCGUCAUUGUCCUUUUCACGCUUCCUCUUGCUGUGGGUGAAAGAGAUGAAGCCCAUGUGGUGUGUGCUGGGAAGGAAUUUCGUCUGCCCGUGUACUCCACAUCCAGAAUGGUGACUUUCACGCCAGACUCUGAGGGACCGAGGCGCCUCCUGCUGGACGGAAUAAACGUAAAGGACCCACGGUUUGAGUGGACCAGAGACAAGAUGUUAGUCCUGAGAGAAGUGACUCAUGGCGAUCAGGGACUUUAUGCCAUCAAGCUGUCAUCUGGAUUCACAUACGAGACUGUUCGUUUGAUUGUUUCAGAAUGCAUUAAGUCCUACCACAGAAACUAUGGCGAGAACUUUGAGCACAGCAUCCCCAGAAACGGCUCCCUGCUGGAGUUUUCUCCCAGGGGUGCUCCACCUGAUGCCAUGCCUGUUGUGCUGUGGAACCGGACGGACCCUGAGACCAGCAAUGCUGGCCGGGGGCGGCUACUGAGGGCUGGGAAGCUCUGGGUGGCCGAGAGAGUGACGCAAGCCGACCAGGGCAACUACACUAUGAGAGACGGCAAUGGGAAGGUCGUGUCGCGCUGCACCCUCACAGUCCGUGGGCACUCCUUCAAUAUUACCCGCUUCACCAAGGAGUCUCUAAACCUGCCCCUCUUUCUUCCUGUCCCUCAUACACACCUCACUUUUACCCCAUCCCGAUACCCUGACAAAUCCUCCCCGGAUCCAUUUGACCCCAAGCCACCCCAUGAUCCUGUGCAGUUGAUCCGCGGAGGCCAGAUAAUGGACCAUGACCUGCGCUACAGAGGCCUCAUCUCUCUAGGAAGGAACAGCACCAUGAAUGAGGUUGUCAUUGCAAGCCUGACCUCAAGGCACGAUGGGGUAUAUGAAAUCAGAGAUGAGAAUGGAAACCUGGUGUCUUCCACCUUGUUGCAGGUUAUUGAAAAGGGGGGCAGAUGGCGAGCACUUCUCAAGUCAAUCACUGUGCCUUCUGGCAUGUUUGUGUCACUGGCUGGUUUCAUUCUGUUCAUGAAGCGAUACCCGAACUGCAGCCUUUCACAGAUCAUUCCUGGUCUCAGAGCAGACCGCACACCACCAGCGAACCCUCCGAGGGUCAACAUUCAGGCCUACAGCCAGCCCAGGCCUCAGCCCUCGGGCUUCUACAGUCACUCUCAGCAGCCUGGAACACCAAGAAAAUUGACUCCAAGAGCCAGUCCAGCUCAUACUAAUUAUAGUCCAGUUAUGGUAGGGACUCCUAGAGCUCAAAACCAGGGAGCUCACAGAUUAGCAGCUGCAGACUCCCCCAGUCAUAACUCGGCUACUGAGCAGGUCACAUCUAACGAGGGAGAACGAAAGAUGUCCUUUUCAGUGCCUGGGGCUUCAGACUGCCUCCAUUCCUCAGAGGACUGCGUUCAGUUCCAGAUCAAGAAAGAUGGAAGCAAAGAAAGGUGGAGUGAAUCACAGGAAUACUUUUCCACACUGCCUCUAGACACGGACACCUCUGAAUCCGUCAGUGUUUACACUUCGGAGAAACUGAACUUCUUAUGAAAGCAGACAAUGGGGGCUGAAAUGAGGGUUGAUGAAACAGUAGGCUUCGAGAAACCACAGAACAAGAUUCUCAGAUGGAGUGAGGAUGAAAAUGAAGGACGUCACGUGUGCCUUUUGUGUCUUAGCUUAGUUUUAACAGUUCAGUAUUUAUACCAAGUAUCAAUGUUGCAUGUAUUUUUUUCUGAAGCAUGAGUUGAGCAUUAGCCUUCCUGCCUCAUAAUACAUACUUCUUGACACUGUUGAUGGUGCUCCUGAAAUCUCCUGCUGUUACUUACCUCUGUACCCUCAGGACCAAUAUGAUCUGCACUGGGUUUUCUGAGUGACAGUCCGGUGUUUGUGAGAGGUGAUGUAUGAUCUCUAGGGCUAUACGGAAAUUAGCAUUAAGAUACAAAAGUUUGCAAAGGGAAUUUUUAUGCACUGUACAGUAAAAAAGACUUAGUUGAUGUAUUUUCCUCCAUCCAUAAGGUUUUCCAUUCCUGACUCCAGCAUUUAAUUGUAAAGUUAAAAAUCUGUCCUGGAGCUCAAUAAUUUUUACAGUAAUAUAGUGUAUUUACCUUUAGGGUAACUGAAAAAUUAGCUAUGUGAAAUGUCACAUGUUCCACCAAAUAUUGCAAUAACCUGUUGAUCUGUGAAUCUUGUGUACAGGAUAAUGUCUUAUCACCAAAAAUUUCAAGUGACAGAAGAGGUUGAACUGCUGCUUAUGUUAUAUUUGGAUUGUCAAAAUGUAACAAUAAAAAGUCU